CCUACCUGGUAGCUGCGGGCUCCUGCGUUUCCCGGUCAUAGGUCGCGAUCGCGCGGGCGAAUGGACCGCGGCUGUGGGGCCAGGACGGGGCGAUACCUCGAAGAGGGAGAGGAGGACGACGAUGAGGAGGAGAGAGAGGGUGGCGCAGCGGGCUUGUUGGGGUCCAGGCUGCCCCCCAUCACUGGCGACUCCUCAGAGCAAGCCAGAGGAAAGGUGAAGAAGAAAAAGAAGAAGAAAAAGACCAAAGGGUCAGGCAAGGGGGACGCAGACAAACAUCAAAGUCGAGGUCUGAAGAAUCCGUUUCCUUCAUCCUUCGAAGACACCCUAAGUCCUGGCAAAGACCAUGGCCCAAGGUCAGAGCCCAAACAGGACAAGGACAGUCACAAAAACAUUCCUUCCUCCUCCUGCGCCACGAGCUUCCCCCACCUGGCCGAAGUAGAGGAGAAACUCUCAAACCAGGUCAAUGAAAGUCUGCGUUGGGACGGAAUUCUCGCUGACCCAGAAGCAGAAAAAGAAAGGAUUCGAAUAUACAAGCAGAACCGGAGGAAGCGAUACCAGAACUUGGCCCUCAAGGGUUUCCACUCUGACCCUGGUGGCAACGGUCUCUGCCCUGAAGGAAACUCUGAGGCAAAGCUCCUGCACUCCGAUAUACCUCCAGCUCCACCGGAGUGACGUCUACCACGGUGCUGACAAGCUUGCCCUUUCUUCCUGCCACAAUC